GACGUGAAAUGGACACGAGCGGUAGAGGACGAGUAUCUGUUACAUAAUUAAAAAAAAAAACUGGUGGGAGUUUUCUUUUGGGUAAGGAGUGGGGGUUGGGGAGAAGCAUACCAGUUCGAGCCAGACGUUUCCCGAAAGAGACGCAAACGCUGAAACCGUGUCUUUCGCUCUCGCCCAACCUCCCCGAAGCACAAGCCGAGGCUGAAGAUGGGAUCCCACUGCUCCGUGGGUAGUAACGUGUCGCGUGUCCGCGGACCACACCGGAGCUCCGGCUUGGCGUAACCCAGACCGACCCCGUCCCGUCCCGCCGACGUCUGCGUUUCGAGGCCCGGGAGUUUGGGGAGAGAGGGGGGGAAAAUAAAGUCGUCGGGAGCAGCUGUCUGCACCUCCAGUCUCGCCCGGGCGAGAGCUGUGCUCUCUCUCCCCCCCCCCCAGAGAUACUGUAUAAAUCAGCAUUAGGCGCUGCUGCCAUUUGGGGAUCACGUGCUGGCUCUCCUGAUGCUCGGAGCUCGGCGCUUGAGACCGAAGACCACCACGGAUGAGAUCAGGGACCUUUCUAAUGUUUCUAAAGGCUGUUAAUGGAGAAGAGAUCGAAUGACAGCCGGGACAGUGGUCAUCACAGGCGGAAUUUUAGCAACAGUUAUCUUACUGUGCAUCAUAGCAGUGCUGUGCUAUUGCAGGUUGCAGUACUACUGCUGCAAGAAGGAGGAGUCCGAGGAAGAUGAGGAGGAGCCGGACUUCGCCAUGCACUCCCAUCUCCCGCCCGUGCACUGCAACCAAAAUGUAGUGGCGGCGACGGCCGCCGCCACCGCCAACGGCCCCGCCCUCUUCACCCCGCCCCCCGCGCGGAAGCUCGUCCGCUCGCGGACUUACUGCCCCAACUGCACGCACUACGAGCUGCCCUUCUACCUGCAGCACCCCGACGGCCUGCGCAACGGCGGCGAGCGGGUCAGCUACCGCACCGUCCAGCAGGAGGACCUGGACCUGCCCCUGGACUUGCCCAGCAUGCACAAGCUCAACCUGGCGCGCUCCGUCACCAUGAAGGAGGUCUUCACCCGCAGCCGAAGCAUCAGCACGGAUGUGUAGGACCCCCUGCGGGGAAGAUGGGGUUCCGGUUUAGAGGGCGACUUGACCCCACCCCAACACACGUACACACACACACGCACACACGCCCCGAGAGACACACGAGCCACCCAUCUGGAAAGUUUUUCGACAACUGUUCCCGGGCCGCCACUCCAGACAGCUGAACGCCUGUAAGGGCCAGGUUCCUCCUGCUCCUGUCCUCCUCCUCCUCCUCCUCCUCCUCCAUCCAGAAGCCAGGAGUCCUCAACUUCCUGAACGGGGCACGGGAGGAAGACGAGGGGAGCGGGCGCGAGCGAAGCCUUUACUGAACGGCCCGCUGCAUUGAUUUCUGGGAAUUGUGCACUCCUGUGGGCGGAUCCUCUCCCUCUCCCCCACCCCACCCCCAGCAUGUCCUCUUUGCUGCUACAAAAACACGAGUCUCAGGUGAUUAAGGGAAAGAGAGGCAUUAUGAGCUUACUGCCAUGAAUGGACACACAGACUGACCCAUUUCAAACAUGUAUCGUCCCUCUACUCCUUCCCUGCUCCCCAAACCACACACUCCCCUACGAUGUUGCUCCAACCCUCUGCGCUGGGCGUCGCCUCCUGUCUCCCUCCCAGCACCUCCCUGUCCAUCUUCUUCUUACUUCGGGGAAUCGAACUGAGGACAUUGGACCACUUGGGUCCAGCAGGACAGGUGGGGGCAGAUUUCCUCCUGUUUUCCCGACGUACCUGUAUACUUAAUCCAGAUUUUUCAGAGGCAUGGUCUGUGUAUAUUUCUACAGUAUGUGGGGAAAAAUGUAUUACUUUAAGGGCUUAUCAAAUGUGAACACAGGUGUUCUUGCCAUUUUGUUAUUUUUGCUGGUGCGGACUUGUCAGUUGUGUUUGCCCUCCCCUGCUUUCCUGCAGUUUAAGGUGGACAGUAAGGUAGGGAUGGGGUUGGAUCAUCAGUGUCGCUCACUCUCCCUCUGCACAGCAACAGAGCAUCGCUGCCAAGGACCAAGUAUGUGCAAUCCCAGGUCUGGGCUCCGGACCGAGCCAGACGCGUUUGCCAAAUGGAGGAUCGGAAAGGGGAGAAGCAGGAACACCUCGCCGAGCUUGUGGGCGUGGGGUUCUCACUUGAGUUGUUUUGUUCAGACAUUGAGUUGGCAAUAAUCGGCGUUGAACAUGUGGCUUAGCCAGACAGAACUGAAAACCUUCUCCAGAUCUAGGAGGGGAGGGGAAAGGGCUUCGCUUACAGAGAGAGACGGGGCAAUUGGAAGAUGUUAGCUAAAACAUAGAUGUUACCUAAUGGGCCUGUAAGAAAUUGGAGAUCCUUUGAGGCCUGAUUCACCCAGCUCAUCUACCUUGGAUCCCUCUAGUCCUACACAGUAGGACCUGUAGUCGUCUAACCUUUUAAACAGAAAAGCACCAUGGGCACUGGCAAACGCAUAAUACAGAUGGCUAGACGUGAUUUCAGAAUAAAAAAAAGGAGACAAUAACUCGUUUGAUAGAUUGGCCGAGGAGUGCAAAAGAACAGAGAUGGGCACUCGCCCAUCCGUGAGAGAGGUUUUUAUGGGAACUUUUCAAUUAGCAGCAGGUUAAGACCUACAAAGACGGGUGCUCUGCCUUCUAAACAAAAUAAUGAGUUUAGACAUUAAGAUCGGGGGCGGGAUGGAAAUUUGGGAGCCCUGCGGACUUUGAUGGCUGGAAAAUGGCGUUGGGCUGGGCCAGCCAGCUGAAACGCCUCGAGCCCUUUGGCUGUGAAGGGCACCUCCGCCUCUCCCAGGACUCCGUGCGCUGGGCUGACAGGGUGUGAAGGGAAACGGGGAAGAAGAGUUUUUUUUGUUAAAAACAAAAUUCUCCCUUGUCCAAAUGAGCAAAGCAGUUCUAAAGCCCAAACCAGAUGCCGGAGCUCUGACAAUUGUCAGUCAAACCGGCUUCCAAAGAAGAAAAAUGGAACCCAGUACAUCCAUGUGGUGACGUUUUCUGCUCUGGAAGAAUGGGGAAAAAUUGCCCACUUUUAAGAAACCGCCAGGACAGCGGUGUUUCUGGAGAGGAGUCAAGGUUUUUUAUUUUCUCUCCUCUGUUGCCCAGCUUCACAAGAGCCGUCACCCCAGCUCUGCCCUGGGCUAGAUAAAGUCCGCUCCACAGCCUCCUCCCUUUUGGAUGGGACACUGGUCAGUAUCAGGGGAUGCUGGCGAGUAUAUGCGUUCACUAGGCCGAGAGACACGACGGCACUCCAGUAUUUUUAAGGGGGGGGUUUGUUUUAAGCCUGUCAUUUUCCUUUGCCUUUCUCAAGACUCGGUCGAAAUGUUACUUUAAAAAACAAAAACUGACCACAAACUAAAGUCAUAGCGUUUUGCGCACGGUACAGAAGAGGCGGUUUUUCGUUUUGUAUGACGGAUGACUUCCUCACCCUCUCUCGCUUGGUCGCCAGAGAGCCACAGGAAAACUUUUUCGGCCUCCUGGUGGUCCGUAGGUUUCACCUUGUACAGCCCCACCGUUUCUAAUUUUUUCUACCGUUUUGUUCAGCUGCGGCAACUGUUUCACUCCAAGCAAGCGGACUUCAAUCAUUUAUCGUUUUCCUUGGGGGCGUUCGGUGUAUAUUUUCUCUUGAGCACCCUCUUUUGUUUUUGCAUUAGCAGAUCACACAACGCUACUAUUUUGACGCUGGUUCCUUUUGAUGUCUAAUACAGAAAUUAAAAUCGUAGGGGAAACCAUAGUUAUAUCACAUUGUUCGGCUUUCUUUACUGUUUUCGCUGGGUGUUUCUUUCUGUGGGUGUUUGUGUUCCAGGGCAAUUCUGUUCCUUCUUCAAUACUGGCCUAUUCCAUGCUUUCGAUUAAUGCCGAAAUGUUACAGAAAUGACUGGAAAAUUUAAGAUCAAUGAACACGUUGUUGAUAAUAAAAUACAGUAAAAAUCAA